UGGGGUGGGGUACGUUAUACACUAAUGCUUCUCCUAGCUUGUACUUUGCUUUGAGAGCCUUUUUGGGUUGUUGCCAACCAGAACUACCAGAUCAUCAUUUUCCCUUUCUAGUACUCACUCUUCUACCAUACUAUACAAAUACACCUUUCUUUUCUUUCAAAACCUGUUCAGUCAAUCUCUGUAGCAAGAGGAUCAUCAUUCUCCUAUCCUUUUUUAUGUUUUUUCUUUGAUUCAAUCAUACCUAUCAUCCAUGGCCACUGAUGAAUCUACAGUUGCUUCUGUUCAUCCCUCUCAGGCAGAGAAGGAAGUUAAAAUGAUGGAACAAGACAACGCUGCGCCUCAACUUAAGGAAAGCGGGGAGGAGGUGCUGAAAGUUGAGAAAAAUGGUGAAGCUCCUCCGACUAGUGAGGCGGUGGUGGUGGAAGAUGAGAAGGUGGGGGAGGAAGUGGCUGCAGCCGAAGAGGUGAAACCCGAGGGUGAGGUAGAGAAGCCUAAAGGUGAGGUAAUUAAAGUGGAGAAGAGUGGCAUUGAGGAAGAGAAGCCUAAAGGUGAGGAAUUGCCUUGUGUCGUCGUGGUUGAAAAAGUGGAAAAAGCCGAGGAUGGUGAAGAAGGGAAGCCUCAAGGCGAGGAUUUAGCUGCACUUGAAGAGGACGGGGAAGAGAAGGCGCCUAAGGGCGAGGAAUUACCCAUUGUUGAAGAGGUGAAAACAGGUGAUGAUGAUAAUAAAGAAGAGAAGCCUAAAGUUGAGGAUUUGGGUGUCAUUGAAGAUGUGGGAAAAGAGAAGCCUAGUUGUGAUGAAUUGCCUGUAAUUUCAGAGGCAAUCAAAGUUGAAGAGAAGGCUGAGGGUGAGGAGUUGCCUGCUGUUGGAGAAGAGGCGAAAAAGCCCGACGAUGAGGAAGCCAAACCGAAAGGUGAGGAGUUAGCCAUAAGUGAAGAGGUGAAAACAGGUGAUGGUGAAGAGAAGCCUAAAGUUGAGAAUUUAAGUGUCAUUGAAGAGGUAAUGGAAAAGGGCAUUGUGGAAGAGAUAGAGAAGCCUAUUUGUGAUGAAGAAUUGCCUGUAAUUGAAAAAACAGUUGAAGAGAAAGAGGAAGAGAAGCCUAAACCAGAAGAAAAAGAAGAACAGCAAAUUACUCUUCAAGUCCCUUCAGUUGAACCAGAAGAAAAGAUUGAACCCCAGAUUCCACCUUCUACAGAAGAGCCUGCAAAGGAGCCUGAUCAAACCACUCCUGUAAUAGCAAUCGACCACGAGGCAAAACCCGUGGCACCUGAAGAAGAUGUCGAAAAGCCACUAGAUGAACCAAUAAAUGAAGUAAAACCCGUGGAGCAACCAAAACCAGUCGAGGUUCCGGUUCCUGAACCAAAAACAGUCGAAGAAACGAAAGGGCAGGAAGAAAAACUGCCAGCUAAAGAACACGAUUCAGAAGUUCCAGAACCCGCUGUUGUGAAACAGGAAACUGCAGUAACCGAAGAACCCCGGGAGCAGGCUACUAUCCCCGAGAAGGCAGAGGUUUUGGCUGAAAAAAUUGAAGCCAUCGUCGAAGAAGCUCAACUAGUACCUCAGGUUGCUCAAUGCUUAGAGCACGAGACACAAACCGAGACAAAACAACACCAACUCACUGAAAAUGUUGUCAACGAGGAAGCAAAAACUAUCGAACCAUCUGAAACUCCUGCAGAGGAAGCAGCUCAAGUCAAGACAGUUUCUCGAGACGCUGAAAAUGAAGCAACCGAGGCAACAGAAGUGGAGAAGAAGGUAGAUGAAGCCCCUGCAGCCACUACACUCGAAGACGCCCUAAAGCCACAGACAGAAGUGAAAGAAGAGGUGGCUCCUGAAGCUGCAAAACAGGACGAAUCGAAAGAUGGCAACGACAAGAAAGAGGACAAUGUUGUUCUUGUGAAGGCAAAGCAAUCAAACAUCAUAUCAAAGGUUAAGCAAACGCUUGUCAAGGCAAAGAAAGCAAUCAUUGGGAAAUCCCCGACUCCAAAAACCGAAACAAAGACAGUUGAAGUAAAAGCCAAAUAAACUAAGAAGCAGAAUGAAACAGGUAACAAUGGCUACAUAUAAUGAUCAGAAAUCGCAAGUAGUAACAUACUUGUCAAGUGUGCUCUUUUAUUCUCAUUUUAUUUAUUGAUUUAUUGCCAAAUUUGUGCUGUUGGUUUGUUGAAUGAUCAGUGCUUGUUGUCCUAGGUAUAGUACAGGAAUGUUUUUUUUUUAUCGAUACAUUUGCAAACUAGAAGGGUGGGUUGAUUUUCUUUGCUUUCUUUCGUCUCGAUUCAUUUGGUUUGUGUGUUGAUGCAAGAACAUAUAUUGGAUUAAUUUGUUGAGGAUAUGAUGUACAUAAAGUUUGAUUGAAUUUGUGAUUUGUGAAUAUUGUUAUAUAUAGUAGUUCCAAUGAUAAUGAAUAUUCAUCUGUUGCAUGGAAAA